AGAACGAACCUGAGAGCGCGGACUUUUCUGAGGGGGAUAUCCGAGUUGAAUUCGGCCCUCGAGUACAGAACGAUACUGCGGCACGGAUCGACCCUGAGAGCGCGGACUUUUCUGAGGGGGAUAUCCAGAAUGCAUUAGACGCUCGAGUACAGAACGACGCU